GCUUCUUUCAGCAGCAGCAACAGUUAGUCCGCCACCUCGGUAGCUUGCUAGCCAAAGUAGCCGAACCCAUAAAGCUCUUUAGACGCUUUAGUGUAUAUUAGCCACUGUAUUUUAAACCCUUGUCUGUCGUCUAGUUGGUUAGUUAUCCUAUUUAAUUUCAUAUUUACGGUGCUGUUGUUAUUAUUCAGCUAGCGGGCUGGUUAAGUUAGCAUUAGCCUAGCUAGCUAACAUCUCCGACCAUGAGUUCACUAAAUUACUCUCUUCCUGCUGAAGAAGAGACGGUCUGUUGGACGGAGAAAGAAGCUCUCAUCAAAGAGGAGGAGGAAGAGAAGGAUGUUACAAUACAAAAACAAGUAGAGGGUGAGGUUGUUACAGGGAAAGAAGAAGAGAAAGACGUUACAGUGAAAGAGGAGGAGGGUGUUACAGUAAAAGAUGAGGACGAUUCAGUUUUUGAAGUGAAAGCGGAGGAUGGGGAGUUUACGGUCUCAUCGGAAGAAGAGGAGGAAGAAACUGAAUAUCUGGGCCCGAUUUCCCAAACGCAAUUUAAGGCAUCCAGUGGUUCUAAAGAUGAACUUAGCCAUAAGAUGGUUUUGAGAAACCGGGCCGUGAUUACCACUGGAGAGAGACGGGACUAUCGUGGAUCCUCUGGGGAGUCUCAACUACAUCAUGACGCUGCCGAGGCAGAGAAGAGUCUCUCCACGUCAGAACUCCUCAAGAAACACCAGCAGAGAUCGACAGGAAAGAAACCUCACCGCUGCUCUGACUGUGGGAAGAGAUUCACCUCCUCAUCAGGCAUUAAAAUUCAUCAGAGAUUCCACACAGGAGAGAAACCUUAUUGCUGUGGUCAAUGUGGGAAGAGAUUUACCUCCUCAUCAUGCAUUAAAAUUCAUCAGAGAAUUCACACAAGAGAGAAACCAUAUGGCUGUGCUCAAUGUGGGAAGAGUUUUGUUAAUUCUAGCGAUCUGACUGCACACCAAAGAACACACACAGGAGAGAAACCAUAUGGCUGUGCUCAAUGUGGGAAGAGUUAUUUUACAUCUAGCAAUCUGACUGCACACCAUAGAAUACACACAGGAGAGAAACCAUAUAGCUGUGAUCAAUGUAGGAAGAGUUUUUCUACAUUUGGCUCUCUAACAAUACACCAGAGAACACACACAGGAGAGAAACCUUAUAGCUGUGAUCAAUGUGGGAAGAGUUAUUGUCAAUCUGGCCAACUGACAGUGCACCAGAGAACACACACGGGAGAGAAACCAUAUAGCUGUAAUCAAUGUGGGAGGAGUUUUAGUACUUCUAACUAUCUGACAGUACACCAGAGAACACACACCGGAGAGAAUCCGUUAUGUGAUCAAUGUGGGAAGAGUUUUACUACUUCUAGUUAUCUAACUAUACACCUUAGAACACACACAGGAGAGAAAUCUUAUAGCUGUGAUCGAUGUGGGAAGAGUUUUACUCAGCAAAACAGCCUGAAUAUACACAAGUGGACACACACAGGGGAAGGGAUACUUCCCUUCCCCUGUAUCUCAGAUCUCUGAUUAAACAUAAAAUACAUCAAGGAGUUGUUUCAUGAUAUCAAUGAAAUAAUGUCACAAUGUAGAAUGUUUAAACAUUGUAGGAGGAGUAUUUUAAACCUGUUAUGGCUGCACGCUGAAUAUUGAAAAAACUGGAAAAUGUGUGCACAUUUUCAAACGGCCUCCUAAGAAACUUUUUAUUUUCCAAUAUGCAUAUAUUUACUACUGUUGGAUAGAUAACAGUCUGUAGUUUCUAAAAAGGUUUGAAUUGUUUCUCUAAGUCGAACAGAAAUAUUUUUACAGCCAUUUUCCCAGCCGAAUUGAGUUUUCCAAAAUGCGAUGUGUCUCUUUAAGACCUUCUCUAUAAAAGGCCAUUUGACUUGGGACGAUAGAGACACGUCACAGGCGUUUGUCAGACUGUAAUGCGGAAGUGAGAAUUGAAAGGAGUCGAAUAUCUCGUCCCUGGACUGAAUAACACAACUUCUUGUGAGACCUGCGCAGUUAAAAAAAAAAAUCCGGGCGCGAAGGAUAAUUUGGUCUCAGCUUCUGGAACAAGGUAGAUAACGUUGAAUAUGAUGCCUGACUACGAUAUUAUUUGAUACAUGUCACAAAAUCAUCCUAAAGUAUGUUUUUUCAAUAUACUUUAAUUAUAUUAUUGCAAUUUAUUCUGGACUUUAGAUGUGAAACGACGGAAGAAUUUUUUGAAGAAACGCUUUCUAGCGCAGCAAUGCUAUCGUGCUAGCUAACCAAAGAGGGAAAUAAUUCGUUCUGGAACCCAACUAAAGACUCUACUGGACAUUGGACCCCGUUACAACAUUCUGAUGGAGUAUCAAGAAAGAUAAGACCCAAUUUGGGAUGCUUUUUCAUAUAUAUGUCGAACUGUUGAAUGCUAACUCUGCUAACUGUGCUAGGCUAGCGCUUGACUAGAAUCAAUGCUGCCUUAUGCUAGCUUAUGAUGUUAGCUAAUAUAACGAUAUAUUGUGUUUUCGCUGUAAAACACUUCAAAAAUCGGAAAUGUUGGCUUUAUUCACACGAUAUCUGUCUUUCAUUAGUUAUCCACCAUAUGUUUUUUAUGAGGUGUAAUUAGUAGCCGACGUUGGUGUAUGUAUUUUCUCUGGCUACUCCCGGCUGGAUUCAGACUGUAGCUAUGUAUUAGCAUUUUUGGGUAGCAUCAAUGUAAAACUGAUUUAUAGCUAAAAUAUGCACUUUUUAUGAACAAAACAUAGAUUUAUUGUGUAACAUGUUAUAUGACUGUCAUCUGAGGUCGUUUUUUCUGGGCUCUUUAGGUUGGUUUUAGUUUAUUUCGGUUGGUUGUGCAUGCUACUUCAAUCAUAAUUCAUACUUCAUAAUCAUAAUUCAUACGUGUCUGUCCACUUUUGUAUUUGGUGGUGAGCUAACAUAAAUAUAUGUGGUGUUUUCUCUGUAAAACAUUUAAAAAAUCGGACAUGUUGGCUGGAUUGACAAGAUGUUUAUCUUUCAAAUGCUGUAUUGGACUUGUUAAUGUGUAAAAGUUAAAUAUUUUUAAAAAAUAGAUUUUGAAUUUCGCGCCCUGCAGGGGUGUCAUUUUCGGUCCGAGGUCGGGCUUGCACCCCAAACAGGUUAAUGAUGUCACAAUGUAGAACCCUAAAUGUUUGUCCCCUGUUCUAUUGAUUUCAACAUGAUAUGGAUAUUAGCCUCAGGGGGAAAAUCCAGGCUCUGAAUUGGAAGAUGACUAUUUAUGAGAUUUAUCAGAAAGUGACUAACAAAAAACUAGUUGUCCUCUAACCAGUGAUGUACACAUUAUUCCCAGAUUCCGUGUGGUUUUUGAGCUGUUAGUUUUAACAGGACGUGCAACCUCAUCUCCCUUCUGUCACACAAUUGAUUUCAACAUGAUAUCGUUGAGUGAUGACAAAUAAGUGUUGUGUUCCUUUGUUUAGUGACCCCUACAUUUAAAUGCAUCACUGCAAAAUGUAGCUGACUGUCUUCUGCAGGUUGUCCUCUAACCAGUGAGGUAAAAUAUAUCUCCCAUUUCCACGUGUUUUUUUAGUUGUUAGUUUCAACAGCAAGUACAACCUGAUUUCCCCCCCUAAUCGAUAUCAGUGAUUUAUUGCUACUUGUCAAAACAACAGCGUUUCUGGUGCUUGUGCAGUUUAUAAGGAGCUUGUUUAAAAAAAAUAAAAGAAAUAUGAUUAUUGUGGCAGAUGUUUGUGUAAAUAGCACAUUAUGUUUAGGUUUUCAAUUUAUCCCAAACUGUUUCUGCAUAUUGGUUAUUGAUUUGGACACGUUAAAACUGUGUUUUGACAUUGAGGCUAUCCCACCUAGCACAAUAUAAUUGAAAAGUUGUUGAAAAUAAGACAAUGCAAUCAAAAAAAAAUGUAUAUAUUUUUUUAUUAUACCAUGCCUUACCAUUAAGUUAAUUAUUGACAAUACAUAUUAACAAAGGGGUGAAUAUUUGGUUUUGAUAUUUCAUAUUUACAAUCAUGUAACAUUUACUAAUCAUAGUUAUUCAUGCAACCAACUUGUCAUUUUGGGUACAUUUAUAUUGCUUUUAUAAUAUCAGGGUUCAUUCUCAGAUGUACUCCCAAAUGUACUAGAGCAUGACAUUGGGGACUUUAUAUGCAACAACAUGCUUAUUGAGUGAACCCUGAAAAGAGAGAGAAGCUCCACAGUGAGGAGAAGAAGCUAGAAGCUAGUGGGUUUUAGGAAGACGAGAGUUCUAGAAGCUAGUGAGGUUUAGGAAGAUGAGAGUUCUAGAAGAUAGUGAGUUUUAGGAAGAUGAGAGUUCUAGAAGAUAGUGAGUUCUAGGAUUCUAUAGAAUGAAAAAGGAGAGAAAAAUAAUACGGUUGUAUAUUAUUAUUUAGAAAUACGUGUUUUUUCUUGUUUUUAAUUGUUGACAGCCAGUAGACACUAUGUUUAUAUUGUAGAAGGUGAAGCAUUGUAAUUGAUUAUGUGAAAUGGAAGUUGUAGAGAUACUCUGAAUGAUUGGCUAUGAAAAGCCAACUGACAUUUACUCCUGAGGUGCUGACCUGUUACACCCUCAACAACCACUGUGUUUAUUAAUAUUUGACCCUGCUGGUCAUCUAUGAACAUUUGAACAUCUUGGCCAUGUUCUGUUAUAAUCUCCACUCGGCACAGCCAUAAGAGGACUGGCCACCCCUCAGAGCCUGAUUCCUCUCUAGGUUUCUUCCUAGGUUCUUGUCUUUCUAGGGAGUUUUUCCUAGUCACCGUGCUUCUACACCUGCAUUGCUUGCUGUUUGGGGUUUUAGGCUGGGUUUCUGUACAGCACUCUGUGACAUCAGCUGAUGUAAGAAGGGCUUUAUAAAUACAUUUGAUUGAUUGUACAACUGAAUGCAUUCAACUGAAUGUGUCUUGGGAGCACUGAUUGGUGUCACCUCGUUAGUCAGUAUGUGUUACACCUGUGCUGGCUUGUCCAUCUUGUUAGUGGGAAGGUGUUUCACCCGAGCUGGUCCAGGUUCUAUUUAAGAGUGUCUGGCCCAGUGCUCCAGUUGUCUUGAUAGAUGUGGAGAGUCAACACCUUUAGUUGCUCCACCUUUUUUGUUUGCUUCCUGUCUUUAAGUUUUGUGUGGGUUUUUCUUUUGUUUUCCUCUUCUUGGGCAGAUUUAGUGGGUCUCAUGGUGGGUGUCUUUUAUGUCCCAGUUGUUGUUACUAGUCAACUUUCAGUGGACACCCCCAUAGUGUCUUUCAGAGCCCCUCCUAAAAAACAAGUUUGUAUUUUGGGUUGUGUUGGAUAUAGCAUCAUAUUUUUUAUAUUUUAAUCAGUCGUUUCCUUAAUUCAGUUGUUAUUCUUCUGUUUUUUAUCCUGUUAUGUUUGUUGUGUACUAAAUACUUCUGUUUAUUUUCUUAGUUUUUUCCUGUGAAGCCAUUGUGCUAUAUCCAUGUCUGACAUGUGCUGUAUAAAUAAAGCUUGAUUUGAAAAUA